ACAGACCAAAAAAAAUGGGUUCCCUCCCUCACAUCGUAGAGGACUGCAUGGGCGUCCUCCAGCUCUACAGCGACGGCACCGUCUCCCGCUCCGACGACAUCAACUUCCCCUUUCCGAUCGCCGCCUACGACAGCUCCGUCGUCUUCCGCGACGUCCUCUACGACGCCGCGCACGGCCUCCACCUCCGCCUCUUCAAGCCGGCGACCUCCUCCCGCGCCAAACUUCCGGUCUUGUACUUCAUCCACGGCGGCGGCUUCUGCGUCGGCUCGCGAUCGUGGCCGAAUUCGCACAAUUGCUGCUUCCGGCUUGCGCUAGGGCUCGAGGCGCUGGUCGUGGCGCCCGAUUACCGUCUGGCGCCGGAGAACCGGCUGCCGGCGGCGGUGGAGGACGGCGGGAGGGCGAUCGAGUGGCUGCGGAGGGAGGCGGACGAGUGGAUCGACGAUAGGGUUGAUUUGGAGAGGGUUUUUGUUAUGGGAGACUCCUCCGGCGGGAACAUUGCGCACCAUUUGGCGGUAGGGUUCCGAUCGAGUGUGAGAGUGAGAGGAUUUAUUUUGAUGGCGCCGUUCUUCGGCGGAGUCGUGAGGACCAAAUCGGAGGAGGGACCGCCGGAAGAUUUCUUGAAUUUGGAUGCACUUGAUAGGUUUUGGAGGCUAUCAUUACCAGUAGGAGAGGAUAGAGACCACCCACUGGCAAACCCAUUUGGGCCAAGGAGCAUGGGCCUGGAAGGAGUGGAUUUAGGGCCCAUUAUGGUGAUGGUUGGUGGCAAUGAGAUGCUGAAAGACAGAGUCCAAAACUAUGCCAAAACACUGGCCCAAUUGGGAAACAAAAUUCAGUACGUGGAGUUUGAGGGGAAGCAACAUGGCUUCUUCACCAAUUGUCAAGAUUCUCAAUUUGGCGAUGAGAUUGUGGCUAUUAUCAAGCACUUUAUCAUCCAAAACUCUCUUUAAAUUUGAAAUCUUGUAGUGCCAAAUAUGCCUACUUAGGCUUAGUUUUACAGUAUUUUUAGGUUUCUCGGAGUCUAGAGAAUGCUUAAAACUUGGGGUAUUAGAAAAUGCGAGUCUGUAGUUUUUCUCCUCAAAACAUAAAUAUUCACACAGUAUUUUAGAUUAGGAGUAAUGUGUGUAUGGUGUGAAGGAGAGUAGUUGGAAAUAAUAAUAAUAUAUGUAAUGGUAGAGUACGAGAGUUAGUGUUAUAA